UGAAAAUUGAAUAAGGUUGUCCAUCUCCUCUGGUUCUGCUUUGUUGGAUUUUUUUUGUUUCACGCUCUCUUUGAGGAUAUUUUUGUUUCCCCCAUUAGCUGGACGAUUCAACAUUAAUAUUUAAAGUCAUAUUGGCUUCUUCAAUCCCCAUUUCUCUAAAUCACCCACACUCUACCAAAACAUUCCUUUCCAUGUCAUUUACCCCGGUAUACCACCAUGUCUUCCCGCAAAUGUUACCCACGUAUCGGUAUAAGCCCUAUCUGGUACAAUGUGAACCAACCACUCAAUGCCCCUUAUGAACCUACAAAGAUAAAGUACAGGGAACUGCUCAGGGACCUACACCCUGAUAAAAAUGGAAAUCGCCACAACGAAAGUUGGUUUUAUAAUUUGCUCGCACAAGACAUACAGAUUUUCAGAACCGCAGAAACAUACAACGAAUACAGAGAGGAUUAUUACUACGAAUUGAAAUAUUAUGAAUAUGAACGAUUAAAGAGGGUCAAAAAGCUCUUCGGUGGGAGAAAGCCAUGGCUAUUUGAUUACAAUCCGGAGCUGGAGUCGGACGGUAAUUGUACCAAUUGGACAUUGAUAAAUGCAGCGAAGGUGGUUAACUUUGUUCAUGGGAUCGAUAAUUUCCUACCAACGAAAUUUGUGGAUGACUUUUGGAACAUGAGGAUUUUCAAAUUCAACAAAGCAAACGAAACAGAGCUGGAGAUGUUUGAUGAUAAUUGUAAAAGGUUCACCAUGGAUUUGACAUACAAGAAGGACUUGAACGUGGUGGCAUGGUCAUCUGUGGACUCGAGAGGGUUUCCAUUUUUUUCAAACACAAUUUGUCAAUGGGACAUUUUAAUUAUUGAAUUUAUUGUAUGCUUGUUGGUAUUGCGAGGCGGGUACAUCUGUUUUUGUAAAUUUGGAAGUUGGAAGUCGAAAGAAGAUGCGGAACAGAUAUCACGGUAUGGCUCCGAUACAGAAUCCGAGGAGAGCUUUGGACGGGAGGAACAGAUAUCACGGUAUGGCUCCGAAUCAGAAUCCGAAGAGAGCUUUGGACGGGACGAACAAGAAGACGAAGAAUAAUAUCUGACACCAAGCUGCGACACAUUUUGCUACCGGCAAUAAUCAUGCCACCACCGAUAGUGCACAAGGCACCAAUGCCGCCAAUAAUAGCCCAGUGACGGUCGAAACGGUCAGAUCGAAGUCGGUUUGUUUGAUGGAUACUUUCUUAUUUUAUCUUGCUAGCUU